AUGAAUAAAAUUUGUUUGUUUGUAUCACGUCGUAAUUAUGCAACAGCAUCAACAUUUCGUGCUGCUGAUACAAUAAUAAAGAAGAUUGAACAUGGCAAUCCUAAGCCAGAUCCGGAUAAACUUCUUUUUGGUGCAAAUUUUUCGGAUCAUAUGUUAACAAUAAAACAUACAAAUACAUCUGGUUGGGAAAAACCUGUAAUUGAACCAUUAAAGGCUCUUUCCAUUCAUCCUGCUGCAAAAGUUUUACAUUAUGCCACAGAAAUUUUCGAAGGCUUAAAAGCUUAUCGUGGUAAUGAUGGAAAAAUACGUCUUUUUCGACCUGAUUUAAAUAUGAAACGAAUGCUCACAUCAGCUGAACGAAGUGUUUUACCAACAUUCGAUGGAAAUGAAUUAAUAGAAUGUAUAAAAAAAUUAAUUCAAGUUGAUGUUGAUUGGGUACCAAGAUCGACUACAAGCACACUUUAUAUUCGACCAACAUUAAUUGGUACUGAACCAACAUUAGGUGUUGGAGCUCCACAUGAAUCAUUAUUAUUUGUCGUUACUGGUCCUGUUGGUCCUUAUUUUCCAACUGGUUUUAAACCAGUUUCAUUAUUUGCAGACACGUUCCAUUGUCGAGCAUUUCCUGGUGGUAUGGGUGCAUAUAAAGCUGGCUCAAAUUAUGGACCGACAAUUUAUGUUAAUCAAUUGGCUCAUCAAAAAGGAUGUCAACAAGUAUUAUGGCUUUAUGGUGAAAAACGAUAUAUUACAGAAGUUGGCACAAUGAAUGUAUUUAUAUAUUUAAAAAAUAAGAAAGGAGCUAACGAAUUAAUUACAGCACCAUUAAAUGGACUUAUUUUACCUGGUGUUACUCGUCAGAGUAUUUUAGAUCUUGGACGUUCAUGGAAAGAUUUAACUGUUUCGGAACGAGACAUAACAAUGGAUGAACUUUUAGAAGCACAUCAAGAUAAUCGACUUUUGGAAAUGUUUGGUGCUGGUACAGCAUGUAUUGUUUGUCCAGUUGAACGUAUUAUUUAUGAAGGAAAAGAAUAUAAUUUAGCGACAAUGAAUAAAGGAGCUCCAUUAACAACUCGAUUUCAUGAUGAACUUGUCAAUAUUCAAUUUGGUCGAAAACCAAGUAAAUGGACAGUAGAAGUCGCCUAA